AUGGCAACGUCUCUGAAUGGAGACUUGAACAAUACCGCAGCAGAGCGCGCUCGAGCUGAAUUGAUUGUGGACCCGACUUAUCGAAACAUCUCUUUGGCUAUUCCAGCUUCUGAAGAUGAAGAUGUCGUGCGAAAAUCCUAUCGACCUUUUCUGCUUGAUGAUGCAAACCAAGAGCAGGAAGAUUGGGUGGCCCAACUUGAACUGAGCACGGUAUUGAAGAUGGUGGAUCUACAAGUGCUUCGUAACGGUGGCGACAGGCUGAAGGUCCUUGUUCUGCAUGGAAGUAUGCGCAAGCGCUCUUAUUCGCGCCUACUGGCCUAUGAAGCGAGUCGCAUACUCUUCCGUCUUGGUUGCGAUGUUCGCAUGUACGACCCAGCUGGAUUGCCCAUCAAAGACGACGAACAGCACUCCCAUCCAAAAGUACAAGAACUGCGAGACUUGAGCAAAUGGAGUGACGGACACAUUUGGAUCAGCCCUGAGCAGCAUGGCAACUUGACAGCUGUGUUCAAGAAUCAGAUCGACUGGAUACCUCUCUCCACGGGCUCUGUCCGUCCAACUCAAGGCCGUACGCUAGCGAUUGCUCAAGUCAGUGGUGGUUCGCAGUCAUUCAACACGGUAAACUCUUUGCGCAUUCUCGGUCGAUGGAUGCGCAUGUUUGCGAUUCCGAACCAGAGCUCUAUACCCAUGGCGUAUAAGCAAUUCACAGAGGAAGAACAUGGAAGCAGACUAAUGCCGAGCGGCAACAGAGAUCGACUCGUUGAUUGUAUGGAGGAGUUCGUAAAGUACACGAUUGUGAUGCGGCCACAUUUCGAUCUGUUUGGAGAUAGAUAUAGCGAAAGGGAAGAAAAACGAGUGAAGGAGGAAAAAGCCAAGAGGUUGGAGAUUAGAGAUGUUACAGUAUCGAACACAAUGUAG